GGUUCGUAAUCCAUUUUUCUGUCAAAAAUAAAAUUUCCCAACUUCAUCUUUCCUCUCUUGCAUAUUUUCCCCCAAGUGCCCUCAAUUCUAAUAGAAGGAAAAGCAGUGCCGUCUCCUUCCUCUCAGAUUCAAAACCCGAAAGAACCAUUAGUAUUUACUUCUUUUUUAUGAGAGAGAGAGAGAGAGAGAGAGAGAGAGAGAGAAGCAUGAAACUAGGUAGUACAGCAGUGGUAGUAACAUCAUCAUCAGUUGCCGCCUUAGGGUUUCCAAAAAAUUAUUACAACAAACCAUCUUGGUUUGGUCAAUUAUUAAAAACCAACAUGUUUCCUCACCAUUUCCCAAUUCUCUCUUCCUCUUCUUCUUCAGCAUCCAUCUCCACCACCACAGAGGAUUCCAGUGAUGCAGUUGCAGCGGCAAAGCCAAAACAACAGCACCCUUGGCUCAUUGUUGGCCUCGGCAAUCCUGGCAAAAAAUACUACUCCACUCGCCAUAACGUGGGAUUUCAGAUGGUGGAUGCUUUGGCUGAUGCUGAGGGCAUAUCUAUAUCUGGCGUUUCUUUUAAAGCCCUCUUUGGUAAAGGAUUUAUUGGAAAUGUUCCAGUGAUGUUUGCCAAGCCCCAGACUUUUAUGAAUGCAAGUGGUGAGUCUGUUGGAGCCAUUGUAUCAUAUUACAAGAUUCCUUUGAAGCAAGUACUUUUGAUUUAUGAUGACCUAGAUCUGCCUUUUGCCAAAUUGAGACUAUUGCCGAAAGGUGGACAUGGAGGACAUAAUGGGAUGAAGAGUGUUAUUAAUCACUUCAAAGGAAACCGUGAUUUUCCUCGUCUAAGAAUUGGCAUUGGACGGCCUCCUGGAAAAAUGGAUACUGCUAACUUUGUUCUCCGCCCUUUCACUAAACAAGAACAUGAAGAGUUGGAUUUUAUGUUUCAACAAGGCAUAGAAGCCGUGCGGAUUCUUUUACUCGAGGGGUUGAAUAAAAGUGCUACUUUUGUCAACAGUACUAAAUCUAUGGAGCAACUUGGUUAAUUAACUGCUUUGCUAAUUGUCAUUUACAUGAAAGGGAAUGGAUGCUAUAGGAAGAUGAUGGAAUAGUGAACGUAAUUAGAAAUAAUAUUUUGCGACAAAGAAUCCUGUUCAAAUUUAGCAACUCAGAAUACGAGCUUUUCUAUGUAUCUAAUUUUGUAUUGGAAGAGUGUUGGUGCUUUAGAUUUUGUUAAGGUGCACUUCUAUUGUAUCCAAUUAAUAUUUAUUGCAUUUCUUUUAAUAAAAAAGAAACCUAAAAGAUUGGUUGUUUUUA